AUGCUCGAUAACAUACAAUUUCAUUCUCCAGCACCGGAACAUUCGCAAUUAAAUGGGUGUAUUAGCGGAAAUCCCGCUUCUCACAGAUUAGGUUACAAACUCCACCAGCAAGUACAGAGGUUUACGAUGGUCAGGGAUAAUAUUGAGGAGAGUUUGAACUUGAUAGAACCCUCGCAUGAAUCUAUAUCCGAUAGUAGCGAUGUACAUAUUAUCGACGCAAGUGCCGAUGACUACCUAAUACCUUCACCACCAUUGUCGCCUAAACUGAAACAAUCGUCUAUUGUAAAUCAACCUCAAUUGAUCGGAAUAAAUAAACGCGACCAUGGUGAGCUAAUCAUGUUGACCCCUGUUUGGCAAGCAGGUCUAAACUCUCAGAGAUAUAACUGCAAUACGAGGAAUUUCUUAUCGCAAUAUAGCUUCUUCCAAAAUAUGAAGACGAUGAAAAGAAUGCCUGUCAAGGAAAAUAGAAGACUGAAAAUGGCAAAACCUGUCAUCAGCUCAGAAGUACUACCCAAGAGAAGAAGAUACGAUAGGAAAAUUAAGAAAAAAUCAAGGGAGCUGUACGAUAACGAUGAAAGCGGAUUUGAAAAUUAUGAUGAAGAAAGUAGCUCCACUCAAGAAAUUCCUGUUAGAUCAGUGACUCCAAUACGUCAAAUUAAAAGGCCUCUUCAUAGUAUUUCUUCACCACUAGCCUCACAGGGCGUGGUGAAUAAUGUUCCAAAGUAUAUCCCAAGUAUGUCGUGGGAAAAGUUGCCAGAUUAUUCACCCCCUUCACGCACUUUACCCAAUGGUAACAAUAAAGUUUUAAAAGUGGAAUGGAAAGGUUCUCCGAUGGACCUGAGUCAUGAUCCUCUUAAGGAGCAUCUGCACCCUGCAGAAUUGAUUCUUGCACAAAUCCUGAGACUCCCAUGUGACCUUUAUUUGGAUUCAAAAAGAAGGUUUUUUUUAGAAAAAGUACAUAGAUCCAAAAGGGGGUUGCCAUUCAGGAGGACAGAUGCUCAAAAGGCUUGUAGAAUAGACGUUAAUAAAGCAUCACGGUUAUUUGCUGCAUUUGAAAAGGUGGGUUGGUUACAGGACAAACAUUUUGAAAAAUACCUAUGA